GCUUAGCCUUUCUGCCCGUGGACGCCGCCGAGUAAGCAUCGUGAAAGUCUCCCCUCCCACCGCCGUCAUGUCUAAGUCAGAGUCUCCCAAAGAGCCUGAACAGCUGCGGAAGCUUUUCAUUGGAGGUUUGAGCUUUGAAACAACUGAUGAGAGUCUGAGGAGCCAUUUUGAGCAAUGGGGAACGCUUACGGACUGUGUGGUAAGGAGAGAUCCAAACACCAAGCGCUCCAGAGGCUUUGGGUUUGUCACCUAUGCCACUGUGGAAGAGGUGGAUGCAGCCAUGAAUGCAAGGCCACACAAGGUGGAUGGAAGAGUUGUGGAACCAAAGAGGGCUGUCUCGAGAGAAGAUUCUCAAAGACCUGGUGCCCACUUAACUGUGAAAAAGAUUUUUGUCGGUGGCAUUAAAGAAGACACUGAAGAACAUCAUCUAAGAGAUUAUUUUGAACAGUAUGGGAAAAUUGAAGUGAUUGAAAUCAUGACUGACCGAGGCAGUGGCAAAAAGAAAGGCUUUGCUUUUGUGACCUUUGAUGACCAUGACUCUGUAGACAAGAUUGUCAUUCAAAAAUACCAUACUGUGAACGGCCACAACUGUGAAGUAAGGAAAGCUUUAUCUAAGCAAGAGAUGGCUAGUGCUUCUUCCAGCCAAAGAGGUCGAAGUGGGAACCACUUCGGUGGUGGUCGUGGAGGUGGUUUUGGUGGGAAUGACAACUUUGGCCGUGGAGGAAACUUCAGUGGGCGAGGUGGCUUUGGCGGCAGUUGAGGUGGUGGUGGACAUGGUGGCAAUGGGGAUGGCUAUAGCGGAUUUGGUAACGACGGAGGCAACUUUGGAGGUGGUGGAAGCUAUAAUGAUUUUGGCACUUACAACAAUCAAUCUUCAAAUUUUGGACCCACGAAAGGAGGACAUUUUGGAGGCAGAAGCUCUGGCCCCUAUGGCGGUGGAGGCCAAUACUUUGCCAAACCACGAAACCAAGGUGGCUGUGGCGGUUCCAGCAGCAGCAGUGGCUAUGGCAGUGGCAGAAGGUUUUAAUUACUGCCAGGAAACAAAGCUUAGCAGGAGAGGAGAGCCAGAGAAGUGACAGGGAAGCUACAGGUUACAACGGAUUUGUGAACUCAGCCAAGCACAGUGGUGGCAGGGCCUAGCUGCUACAAAGAAGACAUGUUUUAGACAAUACUCAUGUGUAUGGGCAAAAAACUCGAGGACUGUAUUUGUGACUAAUUGUAUAACAGGUUAUUUUAGUUUCUGUUAUGUGGAAAGUGUAAAGCAUUCCAACAAAGGGUUUUAAUGUAGAUUUUUUUUUUUGCACCCAUGCUGUUGAUUGCUAAAUGUAAUAGUCUGAUCAUGACGCUGAAUAAAUGUGUCUUUUUUAAAA